GCGGAAGCUCGGCCGGAAGUGUCCCUGCGCGCUCGGGGGAAGGAGGCCGCCGGCAGCCCGAGGAGGCCGGGGGCGCCGGCUCCGCCAUGGCCAAGCAGUACGACGCGGCCGAGUGCCCCUACUGCGACGAGGUGUCCAAGUACGAGAAGCUGGCCAAGAUCGGGCAGGGCACCUUCGGGGAGGUCUUCAAAGCAAAGCAUCGCCAGACGGGCAAAAAAGUUGCGCUGAAAAAAGUGUUGAUGGAGAACGAAAAAGAAGGGUUUCCAAUCACAGCUUUACGGGAGAUUAAAAUCCUGCAGUUGCUCAAGCAUGAAAAUGUGGUCAAUCUCAUUGAAAUUUGCCGGACUAAAGCCUCUCCCUAUAACCGCUGCAAGGGCAGCAUCUAUCUGGUCUUUGACUUCUGCGAACACGACUUGGCAGGCCUGCUCAGCAACGCCCACGUCAAGUUCACGCUGUCGGAGAUCAAGAAAGUGAUGCAGAUGCUCUUGAAUGGCCUUUACUACAUCCACCGGAAUAAGAUCCUGCACAGAGAUAUGAAAGCCGCCAAUGUGCUCAUCACACGGGACGGUGUCUUGAAGUUGGCCGAUUUUGGCUUGGCCCGAGCUUUUAGCCUGGCCAAGAACAGCCAGCCAAACCGCUACACGAACCGGGUGGUAACGCUGUGGUACCGUCCCCCAGAGCUGCUUUUGGGGGAACGAGAUUACGGGCCACCCAUCGAUCUCUGGGGCGCGGGCUGCAUCAUGGCGGAGAUGUGGACUCGGAGCCCCAUUAUGCAAGGGAACACGGAGCAGCACCAACUCACGCUGAUCAGCCAGCUCUGUGGGUCCAUCACCCCCGAGGUCUGGCCAAAUGUGGAUAAGUACGAACUCUACCAGAAGUUGGACCUCCCCAAGGGCCAGAAGCGCAAAGUGAAAGAGAGGCUGAAGGCCUACGUCAAGGACCCGUACGCCUUGGACCUCAUCGACAAGCUGCUGGUGCUGGAUCCAGCCCAGCGGAUAGACAGUGACGACGCCCUGAACCACGAUUUCUUCUGGUCAGACCCCAUGCCUUCCGACCUCAAGAACAUGCUGUCCACCCACAACCAGUCCAUGUUCGAGUACUUGGCUCCGCCCAGGAGGAGGGGCGGGCACAUGCCCCAGCAGCCGGGCAACCAGGGCAGGAAUCCGGCGGCCACCAAUCAGACUGAGUUCGACAGGGUCUUCUGAGUGCCGCAGGUCAAGAAGAUGGGUCUUUUAAUGCAUUGUGGUUUCUUAGAUUUUUUUUUUCUUUCCUUAAUGGAACAAUGGAAUAGUUGAAUUUGGAUGAUUGGAGGAAAGCGGUGGCCCGGUUUGGCAGCUAAUACACAGAAAGUGUUCGAGGGCCUCUGUUGAACUUGGAGCAGUUGCAGAGAGCGCGUGGCCUGCCUUUUCGGAAACGCUUUGUUUAGCUCCUGGUCUUGGAGAGCUUUGUUGGUGCAGCGUGGCUGGUGAUCACCAGCUGCUGUAAAUUUAAUCCUUGGCUGUCCCCCUUGCUGCAGGGAGACGAGGCGUGGCAGAAUAAGGGAUGCGUGAGCGGGCAUCCGAUAAAAAGUAUGGGUAGGCAAGAACUUGGAUUCUUGGUCCCUGGCAACGUCCCUCCCGUGCCCCAGAUUUGGCUGGGCAGGGGGGUGACAGCCCACAUGUUCCCAGUGUUUGUCUUCAGGGCUGUUCCUUAAACUGUUGCAGCAUGGCAACCUCCUCUUUUUCUAUCCCACAAUUUUAUUUUGCCUUUUUAAAAGAAAAAGAAAAUCCUGUUUCCUGGGGUAGUAAAAUCCAACAUUCCGAGGUGGUGUUCUUAUUCUCUUUAGCUUAGCUCUGGCUGAGGAUGUGGCAGGAGUUAAGUUAAUUGAAGAAGA